UUUCAGAAGAAUUCCAAGUGAAAGCAUAAGAAAUUUACUUCCUUUUGGCCCUUGUAGUUUUUUUCAGUAUAAAUACGAAACAAAGGUCAGCAAAUACGGAAUAAUCUCUUCACAUGAACCGCGAUUGUUGCUUUGAUUAUCGUCUUCUACAUGAUCAUCGCUGCUACUGCUACUGCAACCACCUGAGAAUCUUCACAAAAUUCACCUGAAGAAAAAAAAAUGAAAAAAUCGAACUUUAGUUCGCCUUUGCCCCAAAAAUCUAUGAACAAUUCAAGACAGCAGCUUUUUGAUUCCCUCACAUCUCACAUUUCUCUCUACAAUUCACAAAAACCUCCAUUUCCUAAUCAUAACCCUAACCCUAGAUCAUCGCUGAUCAAAUGGUUCUCUUCCCUUUCGAUUCCUCAACGCCAAGCUCAUCUCACAAUUGUUCACUCGAAUUUCGUUCAAAUCCUGUUGCAAAUGCUUGGUAAACUUCAAUCCAAUGGUCAUGGGUUUUUCUUCAUCCUACCUGACAUGCCUUCAGAUGGUUCUGAUCUUCCAAGCGUUUGUUUCAGGAAGUCUCAUGGGUUAUUAGCUCGAGUUGCGGAGUCCAAUGAGUCAGAAAGGCGAGUUCGUCAGUCUGUACGGAUUUUCAACUCGAAAGAAGGAGAAGGGGAAAAUGGGGUUUCGGGUUUGUUGGAUUUUGUUGAUGCUUUGACUGUAAGUGAGGAAUUUGUUGGAAAUGUGGAUACUUUUGUGAAUGCAAUGGAUGGUGUUACGAAUAGGAAGUUUUUGAGAGGGGAAGAAAGUGGGUUGAGCUCAGAAUGGGUGGAAUUGGGGUGGUUGAAAGAGAAGGGUUAUUAUAGCAUCGAGGCUUUUGUGGCGAAUAGGUUGGAGGUGGCGUUACGAUUGGCAUGGUUGAAUCAUAAUAAUGGGAAAAAGAGAGGUGUAAAGCUGAAAGAUAAGGUGAAUUCUGUAGGUGUAGGGGCAAAUGCAUUUUGGAGGAAGAAAGGGUGUGUAGACUGGUGGGGUAAGUUAGAUGAGGCAACAAGGGUCAAGAUUCUUCGUAAUGGCUUAGGGAAGGCAGCAAAAUCACUGAUUACUGACACUUUGAAAGGGGCAAGAGGUGUUUCAGCGGAUAAAACUUGGCUAUGCAGUUCAACACUAGAACAACCUCUGAGGGGUAAUCCUACUUUGUCUGAUCGAAGAAACUUUAUGAAUCUCAGUGUGUCAGAUGCAAGAGUUGCAAAAAAGAGCAUGCAUCAUGCAUCAGUGUUUGGAGUCUCGUGUUCAUUCAACCAGUUACUUGAUUGUUUGUUUAUGCUUGAGGAUAUCUCCACUGUGCUGUUGGCAUGUCCACAUUCUGUUUGCGAGCCUCCUGAUAGUGAAAAAUUAUUCUUUAGUUCAUUUGAAUCUGUUAAUACUCUUUCUGAUUGUAUAUUAAGAAAAUUACGGGGGUUACUCAUGAUUAUUUCUCUUGACUGUACAAAGUAUGAGCUACUAGAGGACGAAAACUUGAAUUCCUUACCAAAGCAAAACAAAGAGAUACUUGGUGCUUCGAACCGUAAGAAAAAAGGGAAAAACCGUAAGGUGAAGAAAUCAAAUUCUUUGCCAAAACCUAAAACAGAUGGUUUGAGGCCUGCUAAAAGCACUGAGGACAAGGGAGACACAUCCAUGCGUUGUGAUAAUGUAUAUAAUAGUUCGUCUACUGGUUUGGUCGAUAAAUUUUGUGGCGAUAAUGUACAUAGUAGUUUGCCCAGUGGAUCGGUCAACAGAGAACAGCAGAAGGAUCAUGUUAAAGAGAGUCUUCCAUCUUUGAUCGAUAUGGGUGAAGGACCAGAUAAUCAAACUGUUAGAAGUGCUUCAAGGAAGAAAAGGAAAGAAAGAAACAAGAUUAAGAACCCUAGCUUGAUAACUUCUGGGGAAGAUGGUAAAUGUCCGAAAAGAAAUUCUCAGAAGUCCUUUAUUUCUGUCAACUCCCGAGGUAGGGAUCCAAGUUCUGAUUGUGUCACUUUAAUAGAUUCGGUUGUUCAAAGCGGAUCAAAAGAUUCUUGUAUUGACAAUGAGAAACGUGAACCAGAAAUGAGCAUUCUGAGUCGAAGCAGUAGGGAUUCUGGUUCUGCUGGUUCUUUUGAAGGUUACAGGAAUCCUUGUUUGACAGACCAUUUGCCCAAAGAGGGAGUGAUGGAAAAUGGAACGGUAGCUGUUGCAGUGGAAACUACCAAUAGGGAAGGCGAUUCUGCUAUAUCUUCUGUAAUGCCUGCGAUUGAAUCUGGACGCACUCUUUCAAACGGCAAGGAGUUCAAAAAAUUGAACAGAGCAGGUUUUCUUGAGCAGAAAAUUGAAGUUGGUGAUGCCAACACAAAUUUGACCUCGUUACAGGAGAAAGGAAGUGUUGAUGUUUAUGAUACAGGGCCGAUGAAUUCUCCAUCUUAUGUUUCGUAUGAGUGGCCCAGUGUAGCUCCUGUUCAUCUUCCAUGCGGUGAUUCACAUCUCCCACGGGCUACUGAUAGAUUGCACCUUGAUGUCAGUCGCAACUGGAAAAGUCAUUUUCGUCAUUCUUUUCUACGCAACGUACGCCAUGUAAGAAAUUCUUCAAUUGAAACAGGAUGCCCUGGAAUCAUAUCUGGACCUUUGCCAAUGAGUUUAGAUUGGCCCCCAAUGGUGCGCAGUAUCAAUAGACUAGCUGCUCCAUCAGUUACAUGCAAUUAUGAUGCUGGGUUUAUAUCUAGGAGAACGUCUUUCCAGCAAGAUAUAGCAGCUCAAAGCAUGCACUGCAAUGUGGUGAGUACUGAGGAUGAAAGGGUGUAUUCUGGUGACUUAAUGGACUUCUCCGAUCUUGCAAAUUCACAUGAAGUGGGUGAAGACCAUGAUUAUCACUGGAUGUCUGAAGAAGAGUUAGAGGUACAUGCUGUUUCCGGGGUGGACUAUAAUCAGUACUUUGGAGGUGGUGUUAUGUAUUGGAAUCCUUCUGAUCAUCUUGGUACUAAUUUUUCACGUCCUCCCUCUCUUAGCUCGGAUGAUAGCUCAUGGGCAUGGAGGGACGCAGACAUGAAUAGGGCAGUUGAUGAUAUGGUUGCCUUCUCUUCUUCCUACAGUACAAAUGGUUUGACUUCUCCUUCUGGUGCUUCCUUUUGCUCUCCAUUCGAUGCUUUAGGUUCAGGACAUCAGGCUGUUGGUUAUGUUAUACCAGGAAGUGAGAUUACCAGCAAGGUUCUGCAGUCAUCAUCAUCAGCAGAUCUAGUGACAGUAGAGAAUGCUUCAGGAUCCUUGUCCAGUUUGCCCGCUGAAGUUGAAGCAAAGUCUGUGGAUUCACUCGCAUACCCCAUUUUACGACCCAUUGUCAUUCCCAGUAUGUCUCGGGAGAGAUCAAGAUCAGAUUUUAAGCGCAGUCAUGAUCAUAAAAGUCCUUGUGUUCCUCCCAGUAGGCGGGAGCAACCUAGGAUCAAGAGGCCUCCAUCACCUGUUGUCCUCUGUGUUCCACGUGCUCCUCAUCCGCCUCCUCCUUCUCCAGUUGGUGAUUCUAGAAGGCACAGAGGUUUUCCAACAGUUCGGUCUGGUAGCUCCAGCCCUAGGCAGUGGGGUGUCAAAGGUUGGUUCCAUGAUGGAAUUAAUUUUGAAGAAGCCUGUAUACGCAUGGAUGGUAGUGAAGUAGUUUGGCCUGCUUGGAGGAGUAAAAGUCUCUCAGCCCAUCAGUUAACGCAACCUCUACCUGGAGCUUUGCUGCAGGACCGCCUAAUCGCAAUUUCACAGUUAACUCGCGAUCAAGAACAUCCAGAUGUUGCGUUCCCACUUCAACCUCCCGAAACGCUGAACUCUACUGCAAAGAAGGCAUGUCUCUCAAUGAUCCAUAGUCGCCUUCACAAUGAAAUUGAGAACUUCUGUAAACAGGUUGCCUCUGAGAAUCUGAUCAGGAAGCCUUACAUUAAUUGGGCUGUAAAGCGCGUUGCACGUUCUCUACAAGUAUUAUGGCCUAGAUCGCGUACAAACAUUUUUGGUUCAAACGCUACUGGGUUGUCACUCCCAUCGAGUGAUGUGGACCUUGUGGUCUCUCUUCCUCCUGUGAGGAAUCUGGAACCAAUUAAAGAAGCUGGGAUCUUAGAGGGGCGAAAUGGGAUCAAAGAAACAUGCCUUCAGCAUGCAGCUAGAUAUCUGGCUAACCAGGAGUGGGUAAAAAAUGAUUCUCUGAAGAUCGUGGAAAAUACUGCUAUACCAAUUAUAAUGCUUGUGGUGGAAGUUCCACAUGACCUCAUUUCGUCGUCUCUAUCAAAUUUACAAACACCAAAAGCUGAACCAACUGAGUUGACUGUUGAAGAAGGCAAUACUUUUCAGGCUGAUUCGACUUGUUCGGAUUCCUCAUCUUCACCACAGUGGUCUAAGAUGAAUGAAUGUGUGAAGGAUGUAAAAGCAGUUCGACUUGAUAUUAGUUUCAAAUCGCCUUCUCAUACAGGAUUACAGACCACAGAGCUGGUAAAAGAGCUCACAGAACAGUUUCCUGCUACCACACCUCUUGCUUUGGUGCUAAAACAGUUCCUAGCAGAUCGCAGUCUUGACCAGUCAUAUUCAGGCGGUUUAAGUUCAUAUUGUCUAGUACUAUUGAUCACACGGUUUUUGCAGCAUGAACAUCAUCACAGUCGACCAAUUGAUCAAAACUUGGGGAGCCUCCUGAUGGACUUUUUCUACUUCUUUGGGAAUGUGUUUGAUCCUCGUCAAAUACGUGUCUCAAUACAGGGAAGCGGCUUAUACAUAAAUAGAGAACGAGGGUGCAGCAUUGAUCCAAUUUGCAUUGAUGAUCCUCUGUACCCAACCAAUAAUGUGGGGCGGAACUGCUUUCGCAUACACCAAUGCAUCAAGGCAUUUGCGGAUGCUUAUUCCAUUUUGGAAAAUGAGAUAGCUUCUCUUCCAUGCAACGAUGAAUCUAAUUCAGUGCCUCAAGUUAAGCUACUCCCAAGAAUUGUUCCAAGCAUUGAGGUUUCUGAGGUAUCUUAAUAUCAGAAAUUUUGCAUCUUGAAGCUUAUUGUUAUUACUAUCAAAGAUUCAAUGAUCAAUCUCAACUUGCAACUGCCUCUACUAGAGUUGGACUAAAUUCUAUAGCCGCUCAUUCUGCCGUGAUUGGGUUGGGAUUUUGCCUUUAAAAAUUGGGACCAACUUCUGCUGGAUGUCAAAACUAAGAAUAGUUAAAGAGCUCCUCCAUUCAAUUGAAUCAAACAUUGUCUGAACUUGACCAUGUCAAUAUAUGAUGACCACAUUGACAUGUUGGAGACUGUCUAUUGCUAGCUGGUCCAUCUUGAAAGUUAUCCCAAAGUUAGAGAACUCUCCACUCGUUACAAUUUUAAUUUUCACCAAACCAGAAUUUUGUACUUGAAGAACUUUUGAUGUCAUUGUUGAAAUGGAUUUGUACAUAUCAUCAUUGUGGUAUUGAAUUGGGCACUACUAGAGCUAAUGAGGCAAUUUGCAACUUACAAAGAGAUUGAGAAGUCUAGUGCUGGCUAGAAUUGAAUGGACAUUCUGAGGCACCAUUCCAUAUCUCCAACCUCUAAGUUAAGAUUUGAACCUUGGGCUUAUGUCAACUCCAAAAGCUAGCUCAUGCGGUCAGGAUUGUUAAUGAGGCACACAAACCCUACCCACACCGAUGUGAGACUCUAACACCCCCUAUACACCCAGGAUUGGACAAUUAGAGCGUGGUAACAUGGGAGCCAAGUUCAGGUAAAUGAAGUCUCUGAUACCAUGUGAAAAGAAAUGGUGGUGUCCGUGCUCUCUUGAUAACAGUGGUGACCAGGCCAUCUUGCUCGUGCCUCAAAUACUUCACCAAGUAUCUGCUACCUCCACCAGCGCAGGCUCACGGUCAAUAGGAAAAGCAAGCUUUUAGCUACUUCUGAUAGGCUGAGCAUCCUCGGAUUGAAGAUACCUUACGUCAGGAAGGGGCUGAGGAAAAUCAAGCUUCUGGACACUUCUAAUAGGAAUAGCAAGCUUUUGGACUUCUAAUUUACGGGUGGGAACUGGGCAUUUUCUGCUGGCUCCAAGGGUAGAGGAUCCUCUCUUUUACUGUUGGGAGGAUCACAAAUAAUAAUGAUCUGAAGUGAUUUUUCACUCUGGCGAUGCAGUUGCAAUAACAAUUAAGCUGAGCCGGUGCUUAAAGGUAAACUCUUGGACUGAAAUGUGUCCAACUAGAAUGGAGUCAACGUAGAAGAUUUAUGUAAUCGAUCUCAAUUGGUUUGACAUAGAGGCAUAGUUGUCGUUGUAUUUUGUUGUGUUGUAUGAAAUAACAAUUGGAUUAUCUUUACGCAAUGUUCAUCUUAUAUUUUGUGCACACAUGAUGUACAUUUCUUUUCUCA